AUGGCUGAUUUGCUAUCUCGUAUUUAUGAAAUGGCAACGCCAUCGGCUGGUGCUGAUAAUGGAAGUGUGGAGUUGGAUGUGGCAAGAUCAACACUAGUAGCCCUGAACAUUGUUGCUCAAAAACAAUUGAAGGUGCUGAAUGGAAGCCAUAUAGCUCGUCUUGUUGCCCACGGGUGUGCGUGGAUUGGAGACGGCCGGCCACCAGUCCGCAUUUUGGUCAUUAGACUCCUCCGUGUGUUGGUUCAAAAACUACCAGAAUUUGCUCUGCAACAGUAUCGCGACCUCUUAUUGACUUCUAUAUUCGAAGGACAACUCACUUGCGAUCUCACCUCCAAGGUACGCAAAGCAAAUCGUCUUUUGCUGGAAGUCUUAAUCACCAAAUUUGGUGUUGAUGUAUUGAUGAAAUAUACGAACAAGCCAGACUGGGUUAAACAGAUGAGGAAUAUUGAAAAGAUUAAUAGGAGAAAAGAACGACAGAUGAAUAAUGAAGCAACUGCGAAGGACAGCGAUGAUGAAGUUACUAGUGAAGCUGAUUCUCGUCUGACCUCUCGCACAGCGGGUGCUGAUACCAUAUUGAAACUUUUGGAUGACAGUGACACUUCCGAGAGUGAUGGUGAAGGUGAAAUUGCUGAGCUCCGUAGUAGAACCGGCAGUGUCUGGUUGAAAGAAGACACUGAUAUGGGUGAUGCAACUGACCUGCUAGAUAGGAAGAGUAUGCUGCUGAAGGUCACUACUUCGGAUCCAGCUCGACUUGCAAAGAAAAAGGCAAAGUUGAUGGAGAAGAAGAAAGACAAGGAAUCUGGGUUCAAAAUUUCAAAGGAAGGA